GACCUGUUUCGAAUUUUCUCUUCUGGGUGGAAAUACAAAUGAUAUAUUGGAUACAAAGGGUGACUGUUGAUCUGGGUUUUCAAAGGUGAAAUGAUUCUUGUCUAGUGGCCAAAAUUAGCAGAAGGUAGCAAUUAUUCUGCAAUUGAUCCGAUGGAGACGCCCCAAACUCCCCAAACGCCCCAGACGCCCCUGACACCCCGAAGGAAGAAGAUGACAAAACAAUUGACUGGGAAACGUGAGGAUACUCCCCUGCAUUCGGUGGCAAGAGCAGGAAACCUACCUGUGGUCAUGGAAAUCCUUACCCAGACCACAGAAGAAGAGCUGAAAGAAUUGUUAUUGAAGCAGAACCAAUCAGGAGAAACAGCCUUUUAUGUGGCUGCUGAAUACGGUUAUGUUGAUGUCGUGAAAGAGAUGGUCAAGUACUAUGAUAUUGUAUCUGCAAGCGUCAAAGCCAGGAAUGGCUAUGAUGCCUUUCUCAUUGCAGCAAAGCAAGGGGAUCUGGAGGUGGUGAAGGUGUUGUUGGAGGCCCUACCAGAGCUAUCCAUGACAGUUGAUCUCUCGAACACUACAGCUUUGCAUACGGCUGCAACGCAAGGCCAUAUUGAGGUGGUAAAUAUCCUCUUGGAGCAAGGUAGCAGCUUGGUCGCCAUAGCCAGAAGCAAUGGGAAAACGGCCCUGCAUUCUGCGGCGAGGAAUGGGCAUUUGGAGGUUGUUAAGGCCCUUCUAAGCAAAGAACCUGGGAUUGCUGGGAGGAAUGACAAGAAGGGCCAGACGGCUCUCCACAUGGCUGUGAAAGGACAGAAAAUUGAGGUGGUGGAGGAGCUUAUCAAGUUAGACCCUUCUUUGAUCAACAUGGUUGAUACCAAGGGCAACACAGCACUUCAUAUAGCAUGCAGGAAGGGUCGGACUCAGAUUGUAAGGAAGAUAUUAAACCACAAUGUUACCAACAAAAAGGCGGUCAAUAGGUUAGGGGAAACAGCCCUUGACACUGCUGAGAAUAUGGGAAGCUCAGAACUGAUGCUGAUCCUACAGGCGAAUGGUGUCCAGAGUGCCAGGGCCAUCAGGCCAUCACAGACAAGCACAGCUCGAGAACUGAAACAGACUGUGAGCGACAUAAAACAUGAGGUCCACUACCAGCUAGAGAAAACUCGCAGCACAAGAAAACAUGUGCAGGGGAUAGCCCACAGGAUCAAUGAAAUGCACACAGAGGGCCUCAACAAUGCUAUCAACUCUACAACAAUUGUUGCCGUCCUUAUUGCCACCGUAGCUUUUGCUGCCAUCUUCACUGUCCCUGGCCAGUAUGUCGAUGAUCCUGAAGACAUACCUCCUGGGUUCUCCCUCGGGGAAGCAAACAUUGCUCAUAAAGCAUCUUUUAUGAUCUUCUUCAUCUUUGAUUCCAUUGCCCUCUUUAUAUCCUUGGCUGUUGUGGUAGUACAGACUUCAGUUAUAGUAAUAGAAAGCAAAGCCAAGAAACAGAUGAUGGCAAUUAUAAACAAGCUUAUGUGGUUGGCUUGUGUUCUUGUGUCUGUAGCAUUCUUGGCAUUGGCAUUUGUUGUGGUCGGUGAUCAUGAGAGGUGGUUGGCAAUUGGGGUGACAAUCAUAGGGACAACAAUCAUGGCGACGACAUUGGGCACCUUGUGUUAUUGGGUAAUUAUGCACCGGAUUCGUGCCUCAAAUUUGAGGUGCAUUCGGAGAUCAUCAUUGGGAAGCAGGUCACGGUCGUGGUCCAUGUCUGUGUUAUCAGAUACAGAGCUUAUGAACAGUAAGACCAUGUAUGCAAUUUGAGAUCUGCUGUAUCUGGCCUCUCAGGUUCUCUUCUCUGACCUCUGUGUAAUUUUUGUUCUUCUUAGAUGUAUAUUUCUGAAUGUGAACUUGUAAGAAUAGUUUCUCCCUUCUACUACAUUGAAGCAAAAGCUGGCUCAUGGUCAGCUUUCAAUUGCCCAAACUAAAACACUGUUAAAGAUGUAUAAAUUUUGGUCAAUCAAUAUAUCAGUUUCAACAUCGUCUCUUUUGG